CGCCCCUCCUUCCUGGAGCCUCCGCUGAGGCAGAGGCGGCGCGGCGGCCGGGAGGGGGGCGGCUAGUGGCCAGAGCGACACGCGCUCGCCGCGACCCUAUGCAGUGACUCGUGCGGCGCAGGCGCCUCCUGCCCCGCCGGCGGGGCUCGAGCUUCCCGCGGCGGGAUGUUCUCCCGAAGGAGCCACGGGGAUGUGAAAAAGUCCACGCAGAAGGUGCUGGACCCCAAGAAGGACGUGCUGACCCGCCUGAAGCACCUGCGGGCGCUGCUGGAUAAUGUGGAUGCGAGUGAUCUUAAGCAGUUUUUUGAGACCAACUAUUCUCAGAUAUAUUUCAUCUUCUAUGAAAAUUUUAUAACACUGGAAAAUAGCUUGAAGUUAAAAGGGAAUAAUAAGUCACAAAGGGAGGAGCUGGACUCCAUCCUCUUUCUUUUUGAAAAAAUACUGCAGUUUCUACCUGAACGGAUUUUCUUUCGAUGGCAUUACCAGAGUAUAGGUUCAACUUUAAAGAAGCUUCUACACACUGGAAAUUCUAUUAAGAUAAGAUGUGAAGGAAUCAGACUGUUUCUUUUGUGGCUUCAAGCACUUCAGACAAACUGUGCAGAAGAGCAGGUGCUGAUUUUCGCUUGCCUGGUGCCUGGUUUCCCUGCGGUCCUAUCUUCCAGGGGACCCUGUACCCUGGAGACACUCAUCAACCCUAGCCCUAGUAUAGCUGAUGCAAAAAUAUAUCCAGAGGAAAUCACCCCACUUCUGCCAGCCAUAUCAGGGGAGAAGAUUGCCGAGGACCAGACCUGCUUUUUUCUUCAAAUACUGUUGAAAUAUAUGGUUAUCCAGGCUGCAAGCUUGGAGUGGAAGAAUAAGGAGAAUCAAGAUACUGGUUUUAAAUUUCUUUUUACAUUGUUUCGAAAGUAUUAUCUUCCUCAUUUGUUUCCAUCAUUUACUAAGUUAACCAACAUCUACAAACCUGUACUUGAAAUCCCCCAUUUGAGACCAAAGCCAGUAUAUGUUACUGUAACUCGAGAUAAUGAAACAAUUUACAGUACAAAAAUUCCAUAUAUGGCAGCUCGUGUUGUUUUCAUUAAAUGGAUUUUAACUUUCUUUUUGGAAAAAAAAUAUCUGACUGCAACACAAAACACUAAAAAUGGAGUUGAUGUAUUGCCUAAAAUCAUCCAGACUGUUGGAGGCGGUGCAGCACAGGAAAAGGUGGCGGAGCUGGAUGGUGAAGGGUCCACAGAGCAGGACAAAAGCCAUUCUAACAGUAGCACCCUGUCUGACCGAAGACUCAGCAGCUCCAGUCUCUGUAGCAUUGACGAAGAGCAUCGGACAGUGUAUGAAAUGGUGCAGCAAAUCCUCCUGUCAACGAGGGGUUAUGUGAAUUUUGUGAAUGAAGUAUUUCGACAGGCAUUUUUGUUGCCUUCCUGUGAAAUAUCUGUAACAAGAAAAGUAGUUCAAGUAUACAGGAAAUGGAUCCUGCAGAACAAACCUGUGUUCAUGGAGGAACCAGAUAAAAAGGAUGUUGCCCAAGAAGAUGCUGACAAAUUAGGACUUUCAGAGACUGACUCCAAGGAGGCCUCGUCUGAAAGUUCUGGUCAUAAACGGUCAUCGAGCUGGGGACGCACGUAUUCCUUCACAAGUGCCAUGAGCAGAGGGUGUGUGACAGAGGAGGACAACACAAAUGUGAAAGCAGGGGCCCAAGCUACAUUGCAGGUCUUUCUUACAAAUGCUGCGAAUGUCUUUUUGCUGGAACCGUGUGCUGAAGUUCCUAUGCUCCUGAGAGAACAGGUGGAUGCCUGUAAAGCUGUUCUCAUUAUUUUCCGGCGCAUGAUAAUGGAACUCACAAUGAAUCAAAAGACAUGGGAGCAGAUGUUGCAAAUCCUUCUCAGGAUAACAGAAGCUGUCAUGCAGAAGCCAAAGGAUAAGCAUGUAAAGGACUUGUUUGCCCAGAGCUUGGCAGGGCUGCUCUUCAGGACACUUAUCGUGGCUUGGAUCCGAGCAAACCUCUGUGUGUACAUUUCUCGGGAGCUUUGGGAUGACUUUCUAGGUGUGCUGUCGUCCCUCACAGAAUGGGAGGAACUCAUCACUGAGUGGUCCAACAUCAUGGACUCCUUGACAGCUGUGCUCGCAAGAACUGUAUAUGGAGUUGAGAUGACAAACCUACCUCUAGAUAAAUUAAGUGAACAAAAGGAGAAGAAGCAACGUGGCAAAGGUUGUGUUCUAGAUUCCCAAAAAGGGACUUCUGUGGGUAGAUCCUUUUCUCUCAGCUGGCGUAGCCAUCCAGAUGUGACUGAGCCAAUGAGAUUCAGAAGUGCUACUACAUCUGGAGCACCAGGAGUUGAGAAGGCAAGAAAUAUUGUUCGCCAAAAAGCAACUGCUAAGCGAAGCCAGUCUAUCAGCAACUGUGUCCACCUCUCUGAGCCUUUGCCUGCCACUAAAAGCGUCCCGCUCCUCCUCCAUACCGUGAGCGCUCUCUUCCCUGGUCUCUCUUACUCCUCUUGCUCUCACAGGCUGUCAGACGUGGAGGAACUCCAGCAGGCAGAGAGCACACCUGCAGUUGACUCUGAGUAUCUUGUGGUGGGACAGCAGCAGGUGCCCCGGAGCAGCAGCACCUCGGACAUCACUGAGCCUUUGUGCUCAGAUUCUUCUCAAGGUCAGAAGGUAGAAAAUUCACAGAAUUUGAGCUCUUCAGAAUCCAAGUCUGUUCAAGAGAGUAAAGGACAUGUGAAGCGAGAACAUGAAGGAAUAACAAUCUUGGUUCGAAGGAGCAGCAGUCCUGCUGAGCUGGAUCUGAAGGAUGAUUUACAGCAGACGCAAGGAAGAUGCAGGGAGAGACAGAAGAGUGAAAGUACUGGUAGUGACACAGCUGUGGGCUCCAGCAAUGAGACAGAGCUACCCAUGAGCCAGUGGCAGACCUGUGAUGAGGACCCAGAACUCAGCACUCCCACAGAUGCUGUGGCUGACUCUGAUGCCCGCCAUUGGUUACAACUGAGUCCUACUGAUGCUUCAAACCUAACAGAUAGCAGAGAAUGCCUUGCAGAUGACUGCAGUAUAAUUGCUGGAGGGAACCUCACUGGCUGGCACCCAGACUCCGCUGCUGUGCUAUGGAGAAGAGUCUUGGGAAUCCUUGGGGAUGUGAAUAAUAUCCAGUCACCAAAGAUCCAUGCCAGGGUUUUUGGCUAUCUCUAUAAACUGUGGCACAAACUGGCCAAGAUACGAGAUAAUCUAGCUGUAAGCCUGGACAACCAGUCGUCUCCAUCUCCUCCGCUCUUGAUCCCACCACUCAGAAUGUUUGCAUCAUGGCUAUUCAAGGCUACGACUCUGCCAAAUGAAUAUAAGGAAGGCAAACUGCAAGCCUACAAACUGAUCUGUGCCAUGAUGACCAGACGCCAGGAUGUUCUGCCAAACUCAGAUUUCCUGGUGCAUUUCUACCUUGUGAUGCACCUGGGAUUAACCAGCGAGGACCAGGAUGUUUUAAACACUAUCAUAAGAAACUGUUCACCCCGUUUUUUCUCCCUGGGUUUGCCUGGUUUCUCAAUGCUGGUGGGGGACUUUAUCACUGCUGCUGCCAGGGUCCUCAGUGCAGACAUGUUGUUGGUGCCCCGUCCAGAAGCUCUCACUCUCCUCGGUUCCCUUGUCUGUUUCCCAAAUACCUACCGGAAGAUCCCUCUGUUGCAGUCAGUGCCAGAAAUGAGUGAGGUCAUCACAGGAACUGAAGAUGUCAAGCAUUACCUCAUAAAUAUUUUACUGAAGAAUGCUACCGAGGAACCAAAUGAAUGUGCAAGAUGCAUUGCCAUUUGCUCCCUCGGGAUCUGGAUCUGUGAAGAGCUUACACAGUGUGCCAGCCAUCCUCAGGUGAAGGAUGCCAUCAAUGUGAUAGGUGUAACUCUGAAGUUUCCUAACAAGAUCGUGGCUCAGGUAGCCUGUGAUGUUCUUCAGCUGCUGGUUUCCUACUGGGAAAAGCUUCAGAUGUUUGAAACUGCUCUACCGCGAAAAAUGGCAGAAAUCCUCGUGGCCACAAUUGCAUUUCUUUUACCAAGUGCAGAGUACUCCUCAGUGGAAACAGAUAAAAAGUUUAUUGUGUCCUUGCUCCUCUGCCUCUUGGACUGGUGCAUGGCACUGCCUGUGAAUGCCCUUCUCCACCCUGUGUCCACGGCGGUCCUGGAGGAGCUGCACCCACCCCGGGCUCCCUUGCUGGAUUAUAUCUACAGGGUUCUGCACUGUUGUGUCUGUGGCUCAAGCACAUACACACAACAAAGUCACUACACUCUGACCUUGGCUGACUUGUCAUCCACGGAUUAUGACCCCUUCCUGCCUCUGGCAAAUGUGAGAAACUCGGAGCCGGUCCAGUACCAUUCAUCAGCAGACCUGGGGAACCUGCUGACUGUGGAAGAGGAAAAGAAGAGGAGAAGCGUGGAAUUGAUCCCGCUCACUGCACGAAUGGUGAUGGCCCACCUAGUGAACCACCUAGGCCACUAUCCACUGAGUGGGGGCCCUGCCGUGCUGCACAGCCUGGUCAGUGAGAACCAUGACAAUGCCCACGUGGAAGGUGCUGAGCUGUCCUCGGAGGUGUUCAGGAGUCCAAACCUUCAGCUCUUUGUAUUUAAUGACAGUACCCUCAUCUCCUACCUUCAGACACCUGCAGAAGGACCAGAUGGAGGGACUUCAGGGGGUUCCCUCUCAGAUGUGAGAGUCAUUGUGAGGGAUAUCUCAGGGAAGUACUCUUGGGAUGGCAAGGUUUUAUAUGGACCUCUGGAAGGCCGCUUAGCACCCAGUGGAAGGAAUCCCUCAUUUCAGUUUUCUAGCUGGCAUCAACACACAUGCGGACCUCAGAAAGAUUUGUCUCACAGUGAGGAGGGAGAUGAUGCACUUGACAAAUUACUUGAAAACAUUGGCCAUACAAGCCCCGAAUGCCUUUUACCAUCACAACUAAAUCUGAAUGAGCCUUCCCCACCUCCCUGUGGAAUGAACUGUGACCAGGAGAAGGAAAUCAUUGAGGUUAUCCUGCGCCAGAGCAUACAGGAAGAUGAGUAUGUCCAGAGGUGUGACUCUAAUUCUUCAGUGAAGGUCACCAGCCAAGGGCAGCCUUCGCCCGUGGAGCCCCGAGGUCCCUUUUAUUUCUGCAGGUUGUUGCUUGAUGACCUGGGAAUGAAUUCUUGGGACAGAAGGAAGAAUUUUCAUUUGUUGAAGAAAAAUUCAAAAUUAUUGAGAGAGCUAAAGAAUCUGGACUCACGUCAGUGCCGUGAGACACACAAGAUAGCAGUGUUUUACAUUGCUGAAGGGCAAGAAGACAAGUGCUCCAUCCUAGCCAAUGAAAGAGGAAGCCAAGCUUAUGAAGACUUUGUUGCUGGUCUUGGAUGGGAGGUGGAUCUCUCAACCCACUGUGGGUUCAUGGGUGGUCUUCAGCGCAAUGGCAGCACAGGACAGACAGCCCCUUACUAUGCUACCUCGACUGUGGAAGUGAUUUUCCAUGUUUCCACUCGGAUGCCAUCAGAUUCAGAUGAUUCACUCACCAAAAAGCUCCGUCACCUGGGGAAUGACGAGGUCCACAUCGUCUGGUCUGAACACUCCAGGGACUACCGCAGGGGCAUUAUCCCAACAGCUUUUGGAGAUGUUUCAAUCAUUAUUUACCCAAUGAAGAAUCAUAUGUUCUUUAUCACAAUAACAAAGAAACCUGAGGUUCCGUUCUUUGGGCCUCUGUUCGAUGGAGCCAUUGUGAGUGGGAAGCUGCUGCCAAGCCUUAUCUGUGCCACCUGCAUCAAUGCCAGCAGAGCGGUGAAGUGCCUCAUCCCACUCUAUCAGAGCUUCUAUGAAGAGCGAGCUCUGUAUCUGGAAGCAAUAAUUCAGAACCACCGGGAAGUCAUGACAUUUGAGGAUUUCGCAGCUCAAGUCUUUUCUCCCUCUCCCAGCUACUCUCUCAGUGGAACGGGGGUCUUGACCCUCCAUGAAAACCCUCCAUGUGGAAGAGACAGGCAAGACUCCCCUGCUUCCCCAGGACCCUCAAACCCAGACUCCAGGAAACUGCCACGUGCUAGCACAUGCAGCAAGUUUCCUGUUGCUGGGCCCCCAGGGUCAAAAGUGAUCUAGUUUCUGACAAGGCUGUGUCUCUCUAGUCCUGAAAUCUCAUAAAUCUUGGGCUUCAGAAGAAGAAGUCACUGGCAUCUACCAAGAACAAGCCUGUUGUCCUGUGGCGUAGUCUGGAGCCUCUGGGCAGAGCACAGUAGCGAAAGGUUCACGGGACCCACAGAGAAGGGACAAGGGGCACUUGUCUGUAACCCUGUAUACCCACUUUGAUUCCCAAAAGGGCUGACAAAACAAUUGUGUAAUUAUUAGAGGAAUUUCCUCCAUGAUGAUUUUGCUAAUCCUUAUGUUAGGAUUUACAAUUUAAUUCAGACUUUUCAUCAUCAAAAUUUCAUCAUCAGGGAAA